AUGGCGGUAUGUGGCGAUUUGCAGCUCACCAAAUUCUCAGUUACCUUCGGUGUUCGAGGCCUGCCUGCUCCGGUCCACGACGAGAUUGAUCGCGAGCUCUCGCCGUGCUCUCUACAUUUCAUCGAAAACGGGCGGGCACUCAUUGGAUCGUACGUCUACGCCGGGAUGAUCUGCUGGGACGUCGAAACAUGCACCAUCAAGUGGCGCAUACCCGCGGAAACGCGUAUUGGACGAUCAGCGUUGUCGCCCGACCACAGGUCCAUAGUGGUUUGCAAUCUAGUUGAUGGCUUCGACCGCUACAGGAUUGAUCACCAGAGAAGAGUGCAGCAAUAUAGCGUCCGACUCGGCGAGAAUAUCCCUCUACCAGUCUGCUUCAUUCACGACGGCGACGCGCUUCUAUUUGGCAGCGCAUGUGGAGACGUUAGCAUUGUCGACGAGGACGACGCGUCCCUUAUUCAAGUUUUACAUCAUCCAGGUUUGUUGGUCUUAGGUAACCCCGCUUAUAUCGUGGUCGAUGGUAAUGUGUCGUACAUCGCGACGGGAACCUCAGAACGUGGCAAAGAGACGAAGAUCAGGAUAUGGGCCAAGAAUCCAGGUGCGCACAUGAUCUCUCUAGACGAUCAAGUGCACUUAUGA